AUGAGAUCACUGCUCAAACGGCUGUCGUGUCUCGCCGGGCCUUGUCGCCGUCGAGGUCGCCGCUGCCUCCACUCCAGCCCUCACCCUCUCCUCCCCACCUUCUCCCGCCUCUGCGACGAUGGCACCCUCCCCGCCGCGAUCGCGCUGCUCCCGGACCUCGCCGCGGCCGGCGUCCGCGCGGACCCCAUCUCCCUCUGCCGCCUCAUCAAGCUCUGCGUCCGCCACGGCACGGCCAGCGAUGGCCGCCUCAUCCACGGCCAUGUAUCCAGCGCCGCCAACACUGGAGGAGGAGCGCCCCACACCAGCCUCUUCGUCUCCAACUCCCUCGUCUCCAUGUACGCCAAGUUCGGCCUGCUCGACGACGCGCUCGACCUGUUCGGCACAAUGCCCGAGAGGAACGUCGUCUCGUGGACAACUGUCAUUUCAGCGCUGGCCAGUGCCGGCGGGAGGAAGCAGGAGGCGCUGAGUUUUCUCGUGGACAUGCAGAGGGACGGAGUGGCUCCCAACAGCUACACCUACUCGAGCGUCCUCGGGGCCUGCGGCACGCCCUUGGUGCUGGCCGCCGUGCACGCGAGCAUUCUCAAGGUCGGGCUGGACUCGGACGUGUUCGUGCGGAGCUCCCUCAUCGACGCCUACAUGAAGCUCGGGGAUUUACACAGCGGCCGCAGUGUCUUUGACGAGAUGGUGACCCGUGAUUUGGUCGUGUGGAACUCGAUCAUCGCGGGGUUCGCGCAGAGCGGCGACGGCGUCGGGGCGGUAGAGCUGUUCACGAGGAUGAAGGGGUCCGGAUUCUCGGCCAACCAAGGCACCCUCACCAGCGUCCUCCGCGCGUGCACCGGUAUGGUCAUGCUCGAGGUGGGAAUGCAGGUCCACGCUCACGUGCUCAAGUACGACAGGGACUUGAUCCUGCACAAUGCGCUUCUCGACAUGUACUGCAAGUGCGGGAGCCUGCAGGAUGCGGACGCCUUGUUCAGAAGAAUGCCUGCUAGGGAUGUGAUCUCAUGGAGCACCAUGGUCUCCGGUUUGGCGCAGAACGGGAGAAGCACCGAGGCGCUGAAAGUUUUCGACCUCAUGCGGUCCGAAGGGCCUGCGCCGAACCGCAUAACCAUGGUUGGAGUUCUGUUUGCGUGCAGCCAUGCCGGUUUGGUGGAAGAUGGUUGGCACUACUUUAGGUCGAUGGAGAAGCUCUUUGGCAUUCAGCCUGAGAGGGAACACUUCAACUGUAUGGUUGAUCUCCUUGGCCGGGCAGCGAAGCUUGACGAAGCGGUGAAGUUUAUCAGCGAGAUGAACUUCGAGCCGGACUUGGUCAUAUGGAGGACCCUUCUUGGGGCGUGCAGGAUGCACAAAAACGGCAACCUUGCAGCAUAUGCAGCGAGAGAGAUCCUUAAACUUGAGCCUGAAGACCAGGGUGCACGCAUAUUGUUGUCAAAUACAUAUGCUGACUUGCGACAAUGGACAGAUGCCGAGAAGUCAUGGAAGGCGAUGAGAAACCAAGGGGCCAAAAAGGAGCCAGGGCGAAGCUGGAUCGAGCUGGGGAAACAGGUCCAUGUGUUCAUUGCUGGUGAAUUUUCACACCCAUGCUCAGCUGGUAUAGUUCAGGAACUGAACCGGCUAGUAAGGCGGGUCACGGACCUCGGGUACGUCCCACAGACAGAGUUUGUGCUGCAGGAUCUUGAGAGUGAGCAGAAGGAAGAUCUGCUGAAAUAUCACAGCGAGAAAUUAGCCGUCGCAUUUGGGACAAUGAACUCAAUGGAAGGGAAGCCUGUAAGGAUCAUGAAGAACCUCAGGAUCUGUGGUGACUGUCACUCAUUCGUGAAGCUCGUCUCCAAGAGUGAAGGCAAGGUGAUCAUCAUCAGGGACCCUGUUCGGUUCCACCAUUUCCAGGAUGGAGUUUGCUCCUGUGGCGACUACUGGUAGAGUGGCAAGGCUCAUGUGGCGACCAAUGGCUUGAUAACACAACACAAGUUGGCGCGGAAUUUUCGUUGCUAGUCAGACGCUUAACCACAUUUAAACCAGUAUCUUCUGAAUGGAGAGUAAGAGCAGUACUGUAGUAGUCAAACAAACAAGAAAAAGAAAAGAAGAAAAGGAAAGAAAAAGAAAAGGACAAAGAG